AUGAAUACUCUGACUCUUCACUCUGGAGCUUUUAUUGAAACAAUAAAAAUUCUUCACAUUAUUAUUACUCUCCCAAUAAGYACAGCAUCUAAUGAAAGGUUCUUUUCUUCUCUCAAAAGAUUGAAAUCCUACAUUAGAACUAUUAUGAGCAAUGAUCGUUUGAGUGAUUUAAUGGUAAUUGCUCUAGAAAAAGAAGAUGCUGGCAAAGUUAACUUAAAUGCAGCAGUAGAUGAAUUUGCUCAACUGAAAUAUUCUAUUGGUGAUACAACUGAAUUGAAAUGUACAGUUUUAUAUGCUUCUGAUUUCAAUAUUUUGUGGAUUAAGGUUGACAAAGAAAGAUCUACUGAUCCUGUUACAUUUUCAUCUGGAAGUACACUCAUCAUCAAAGAUUCAAGAUUAUCAUUGAGAUAUGACAUGGAUAGCAAUAGUUACUCAUUACAGAUUAGUAAUAUCCAAGAGACUGAUGCCGGUUUCUAUCGCUGUGAUGUGAAUCUUGGAACAAAUAACAAAUUAUCAGCUGAAACCGAGUUAAUAGUACGUAGACGUCCAUUCAUUUCUGACAACUCAACCAGAUCAUUGGUUGUAAAUGAAGGUCAAUCAGUAACACUAGAAUGUUAUGCUGGUGGAUACCCUAGCCCAAAAGUUUCCUGGAGACGAGCAAACAAUGCAAUUUUAUCUAAGAAUAUAUCAAUAUUUAGAGGUAACAUUUUGAAAAUUCCUUCUAUUACUAAAGAAGAUCGUGGAACAUAUUUCUGUGUAGCUGAAAAUGGUGUUGGCAGAGGUGCCAGGCGCCAUAUUGCCAUAGAGGUUGAAUUUGCUCCAGUUAUAACAAUUCCCAAACGUCAUUUGGGACAAGCUUUACAGUAUGACAUGGAUCUCGAGUGCCAUGUUGAAGCAUAUCCUCCACCAGCUAUCAUUUGGUUAAAUAAUGGAAUACAACUAUCUAAUAAUCAACAUUACAAAAUAUCACAUUUCGCUACUACAGAUGAAAUAACAGACACUACUAUACGAAUUAUUUCAAUUGAAAACCGUCAAUAUGGGGAUUAUGUCUGUAAAGCAUCAAAUGUAUUAGGAACUACUGAAGUUACAGUGACUCUUUAUGAAACUAUAAUACCAGUAUGUCCACCAGCUUGUGGUCAAUUACCAUCAUCAUCACACUUAAAAAACUCCACUAUCAAUUUUACCAGUUCUUCGUUCUUGAUUGUUCUUUACUUAUUUUUUGUCUACUUUAACUUUUAAAUUAUUAUUCCAUCUAAAAACAAUGUAUCAAUAAGUUAGUACAGGGUUCGGCAACCUGCGGCUCUCGAGCCACAUGUGGCUCUUUGRAUCUUAAGUCGCGACUCUCCAGUUCCCAUUCAAAAAUUAAUAUUUUAUGUUCAAAACCAAUAUUUUAUAAUAUAAAAUAAUAAAAAUUUUUUUAUAUUA